UAUUAUGUGACACAUGACAGAAGCUCGAAACAAAUGACAGUCGAUAAAAAGCCCUAUAAAAUAACAGACAGAGAUUCCAAUGAAUCAUUCAACACAACAAAAUUAUAUCACGUUUUGUGCCAAACUUAUAAAAUAAUGUAUGCAUUAUCUGUUUACAUCUUAGAAUUCGUCCUUGGCUUUGUCCUAACAAGAUAGUUCAAGGUUUAUAUUAUACAAACUAAAACUAAACACAUUCAGUACAUUCUGUAUGACUAUGUAAUAUUAACUAAACGUGUUUAGGUUUGUUUUGUUGUUUGUUUUUUGUAGGUUUUAUUUAUAAAGGUGUAAUUUUAGUUCCAAUCUUGAACAAAGAAAGAAUCAGUGGUCUGCUGAUAAUAAAAUGGAAAUGGAUAUUAAAAUGGAGCGUAUAUUAGGUUUUUAUAAAAGUCAAAAAUAUUUGGAUUGUCAUUUUAAAUUGGAUGGUCAGCAAAUCGGGGCCCACAAAUUGAUUUUAGCCGGUAGUAGUCCCUCUUUUGAAAGUCUGCUUCUUGGUGAUAUGGGUAAAAAUGUUAUAGAACUUUUUGAUGAGCAUGUGAAGUUUGCUGAAUUUAAACAAGUACUGGAUUAUCUAUAUACAAGCAACAUUAAUAUCUAUUCUGUGAUAAAUGCUUGGAAUCUGUAUUAUAUAGCAAAUAUAUAUCUGCUGGAUGGCUUAGGUUUGAUAUGCUUAGGAUAUAUUAAAAAACAUUUGACUAUAAAUAAUGUUGUUAUGAGUUAUGAGUACGCUGACUUAUAUAAUCGUGCAGAUUUGAAGAAAAUAUGUUUAGAUGAUAUGAUUAACUAUGUUAAUAGUAUCCUUAAUUGUUAUUAUCAUAUGAAACCAUCUACUAUACAUCAAAUUUUAAAGGGACUUAAAGUUCACGACAUUAAUUUACUAGUAAAUGUGAUAAAAUGGGGAAUAAUAGAAUGUGAAAUUAAGAAUGUGUCUAUUUUACCUUCCAAUAUAAUUGAAAGAUUAAGAGAAGAAAACCUGAUUUCAUAUUUUCAAAUAAAUUGUUUAGAUUUUACAAAGUGUGCAGAAAUUAAAGACAAUGUUAUUUUAGAUACAUUAACGACACUCAUUGAUAUUUUUGAAUGGACACCAGAUUCAUUUGAUCGAACAAUGUUAUGUCACACAACAGUUACCCCAAAUUUUUGUCACCUUAGAACUGGAUUUAAAAUUGCUAGCAGGUUAGGUUUGCUUCAACAUGAAGAGUUUAUUUCAGAAUUUAGAGUCUCUACCAAUAUGAUUAUUUUUGGUUUAUCAAUUGGAACGCCUAUAUCUCCUUAUCUCAAUUAUAGUCUUCCUCAUUUUGACGGAGAUAUUCGUGUUAGAAUAUGUUAUUCUGAUAGAGAAAGGGAUGUAAUUGAACCUGUAAAAUAUAUUGGACAAAUACCUUAUGGUGAAACUGAUUUUUACAUAAAUUUAAAUAAUUCAUAUGUUUUGGAACCAGAAUGUUCUUAUAAUUUUAGAAUUUCAUUUCGUAACCCAAAUGAUAAAGAACAAUUGCCAUUACAUUGUUACUAUAUGUCUGAGAUAUUACACAAUAGAUCUAAAGAUGUUGCCAUCAAAUUCUAUGAAAUGAACGGCUCUAUUAUCAGAGGGGUCUCUUUUUAUCCUGCGUAAUUAUUUUUUAAUGUUAUAUGGGAUAUAAUAUGUUUAUAUUUUUUUAUUAAUUUAAUUACAAUCUACUCCAUACUAACAUUUAGAGUGCUUAAUGAGUAAAUAGUUUAUAUUUUGUAUUAUGCAUGUAUAGUUACUCAAGUAGGUAUUCUGGCUAGAUUCAUUUCAGUCUUCUCUCUUCCAAGGGUUAAUCGAAUAGGUCUCUUAUGAACAGAUUGUCAUGAUGUGAUGUUCAUUAUUUAUAUUUAUUCAGGCUAGAAGUUAUUAUAUCUAAUGGGAUUUUCAGAUCACUGUGUAAUGGUAGGGGAGCCCAAGCGGGGAUUUUUGCAGUUACUCGAGCGUGUCAGAUUAUCAUAUGGGGAGAAACCUGGUACCCUGCAGAUGUACCUCUACCAUAUAUUGGCUCUUAAUACAGGGGCGUUCGUUAAGAGGGGCCCGAAAAAAAUCUAUCCUUAAAAAUACUCGAAAUUGUCAGAUUAAGAUAAGGUAAGUUAAGUAUAUGCAAAAGAUUGAACAUUUCAAAGAUCUGACGAAUUGAGCGGGGCGUAAGGAAAUGGGAGGGUCAAAAAGUUUCACAAAAAAAGCGAAUAGUUUGCGAAAUGAACGUCAUUGAAAAACUAAAAAAUACAUGUUCAAUAUUUUUCAAAAUCUAUCGAAUGAUAAAUAGAACCCCCCACGGAGAGGGGUGGGGGUAACAAAUCCCGCGAUAUUUCGCAAAUUAAAUAUCAGAUCGAAAAAUUGCAAAAUACACUUAUUCAGUAUUUUUGAAAAAUCUAUCGAAUGGUACAAAACACGACCCCCGCGGAUGUGAGGAUGGGGGUUACUUUAAAAUCUUAAAUAGGAGCCCCAAAUUUUUAUUGCAGAUUUGGAUUCUUUACGUAAAAGUAAGCAACUUUUAUUCGAUACAUUUUUUCGAGUUAUGGAUAGAUGGCGCUAUAAUCGAAAAAAAAAACGAUUGUUGGAAAUGUAAAAUUAAUUAAAAAAUGGAAAAUCCCCACUAAAAUGGAAAAUUUUACUUAACUUUUUUUGGUUUUAGCACCUAAUAAUCACAACCCAAUAGGUCCCUAAAGCGCUCGAGUGACUGCAAAUUUAGCAUACUUUCCUCCCCUACUAAAAGGUUAGAUUUGUUACAUACCAAGGUGCUCCAGAUGUCAUAUGAAGUGUCUUGGACUGAAAUGACUGUUUUAUUUUGGUAUUUGAUGGCUUGGUACAUCCCCAAAACUCAAUUCCAUAAUAUGUCCAAAUUGGCUGUAUUAUUUUUUUUUAUUUAUUUGCUAAGUGCUACAAUCUGGUCAUUGACCAAUGAGUAACUUUUUAUCUAUCCUAUCUUACUAACUACUUAAUAUCUAAGAGGCACCCUUUGAUAUCUUCUUAGUUGUCUCUAGUAUCACUGGGCACUUUUUGCUUGCGCACUAUCACACAAAGCGCUGCUGAUAUACAAAUAUUUUCUUGGAGAAGAAGUCGUUUUUCAUGACUUUCUGCGUGUUUUCAGAUUUCUUUGUAGACGGGCUCCAUUCGUAGAUCCUUGUGGAGGUCGUCAUUACAUUACGGAUGUACCAGGGUGCAUAAACUAUGCCCCUUAAUACUUUGUUUUAAAAAGUUUCUAUUAUUUUCAAGAUGUUCUUUUUUGUACAUCCCCAUAGUUGGAUACCAUAUGUUCAAACUGGUUUUAUAACUUGUUUGUAAAUUAACAUCUUGUUAUACGUUGACAACCCUCCCUGAGUAUCUUCCCAGUAGCCAGUACAAUUUUUUAUAUUUGAUAUUUAAUUCUUCUCUAUUUUUCUUUACAUGUGCUUUCCAGCGUAGCUUCGUGUCUAACGUUAAGCUCCGGUAUUUGGCUGUGUUGGCAUAAGGAAUGUCUUGUCCAUUAAUUUUUAUUGGUGUAGAGCAUUUUUUUAUUAGUGAAAUCAACAUGUACUGAUUUGUUUUUAUUCAAUGUAAUCUUUCACAUCUUAGUCCAUUUUUGGAAUUUGCUCAUCGCCUUUUGUAGUUUAUUGGCUGUUUCUACGUUAUCUUUACCUACUGCUAAUAUGGCGGUGUCGUCGGCAAAGGUACCCAAACAGUAGUUAUCGAAUUCUGGUAGAUCACAUUUAUAAAGGAGAUAUAGGACCGGGCCCAAUACGCUACCCUGGGGGACUCCGGCUUUUAUUACUUUAAGUUCAGAAUAAGCAUCAUCUUGCUUGAUUCUGAAAUGUCAGUUAAGUACGAUUUAAUUAUGUCUGUGUUUGAUUUUGGAAGAAUAGUAUCUAAUUUAUGAAAUAGUCCUUCAUGCCAAACCCUGUCGAAUACCUGGGCAACAUCUAAUGCCGCGUCCGCAUUGGUAAAUUUUUCGUGCGUACCAGCUGUUCGUCGCAAAUAUUUGCGUGCUCGAAGUAAAUUGUGCUAGUGUGGACGUGUUCGUCGCAUAAAUCGGACGCAAGAUUUUUCGACGCACUCAACGCACCUGCUCCAUCGGUUAACGUUUUUGAGCGAAGAUCAAAUGAUUUGAGCUCACUGGUAAAAAUUUGCGACGCAAAUUGUUGCGACGAAACAUUAGUUCAAUACACACGAAAAAUUUACCAAUGCGGACGCGUCAUAAGAAUAAAGCUGAACAAACUUUUCUUUCCUCUAGUGCAUUUUCUAUAGGUUUGUUCCAACAUGAACUUUUGGACGGUCCAGAAACCGUAACGACGCUCAUUGUCCUGCGCAGUACCAUUGAACGUAUUAUUUCGUUCCCAUGGAACGUUAAUUGUAAUUAUCUAAUUGUAAUUAUCUAGUAACGAAACGGUAAUCUGACGCAAGGUUAAUAGAUUGGGCGUAGGUUGUCUCGUAACUAUAGACCAAUCAAAUGCUCGUUUUUUAAAGGCGGGAAUACGUCACUCGUACGACACUUUUGAAAUUGUCGUAAGUUUCAAUGCUAAUAAACGGUUCAAAAACUUAGGUUUUGUAAUAUUUUUUGGGUAUGGAUAUAUUAAGUGGUUCUUAUAUUGAUAAUUGUAUCAAUUUUUCUUUAUUGUCCUAAUAUUGUCCUUAUACCCGCUUUACAUCAACAAUAAAUUGAAUAAGAAAUUAACUAACUUCUUCAAGGUCAAAUUUGACUUAUACAAAACACAAUUCUACAUCCAAGUUUGCCGUGAAUAAAAAGAAAAUAAAGAAAUUUGACAAAAUAAAACAUAUCCAAUUGUUCUAUUUCAUCAAAUUCCGUCAUUUUCUUGUGAUUCACAUUAAAGUUACAGAACACUUUAGGUGAUUAAAAUUGGAUGUCAAAUUGUGUUUUGUACCACAAACCAUACAUUUUGUACACGUCAAAUUUGACCUUGAAUAACUUUGUCAAUUUCUUGUUCAAUUUAUUGUUGGUGUAAAGCGGGUAUUAUACACUAAGUUCCGGUCUUUUCACCUCCGAAUAAAUAUUUAUCAGGAAGUUUAUCCGGCAGAUUACAUGUAAAUCUGUCAAAUAAACCUCCGGAUAACUUUUAUUCGGAGGUGAAAAGACCGGGCGUAAAUAACUCACGAAAAAUUAAACAAAUAAACAAUAUUAUAGAAAAUUAUAUAGAAAUAUUCGGAAACGCAACCACAACAUAAAAGAGGGGGUUAAGUUUGAACCACAAGCAACCAUAGAUAUAUAAUACUCUAGAUUGCGCCCUGCGAUCUUAAAAUGGGUGACGGUUGCGACAGAGAUAAAUGAGCCUAUUUGGUCGGUAGUCUCUUUUUAAUUUAAGGGGAAUAUCGACGACGUGAAUAUCCCACUUUAUCGAGUAAUAUGUGUUGACAGUUGGAGCGGGUGGUGACGGGGAAUGGUCUUUGGUCUUCGGACGUGGAUAAUCGUGGUUCGAAUCCCAUACCAACCAACUUUACUUUUUUUAUUUUUAUUUAAUCAAUAUUGCGUUUAUUACAUAUUUUUACAUCUGAAAAAUGGACCUAAGUAAAUUUAGCAGAUAAUAAAUGUAUGUAUAGUAAGUUAAUAUUGGAAUACAUAAUUUGUGAACUGCAUAGUAAAAUAAAAGUCAUUCGUUAUUAAUAUAAAUUCGUCCUUAUUCGAAUGAUGUGAAUGUUUGUUUUGCUUCUACUUUUUUAAAAAAUUGUAACAAUAGUUUCAUAAAUAAAAAUAAUGUCUAAUUACUUAUAAUUGAAUCGGUCAUUUCAAAAACAGCAAAGUCCACAAUUUUCAGAAACUAACUUUUUGAGAGGAAUAGACUCCUUUAAGAUAAACGUUGUGUGCAAAAACGACACCAGUCCAGUAAAAACAUUAGGAACAAAACUACAAUAUAACUCUGAAUUUUGGUGUCAUCCAUUUCAUCCAUCUUUCGACUAUAUAUAGUUAGUUUUCUUUGCUCUUCUGUAAAAUUAGGAAUAUGUGACUCAUGUUGUUUUUGAAAUGACCGAUUCAAUUAAUAAAUCGAUGGUACAUUAUGUUGAUAUUAAUUAUUGGUAAUUUUUUACGAAUAUUUUUAACAAUUACUUUAUACUAUUCUACAAUUAACUUAUUAAAAAAAUAACAUUGGCUUUUAUAUUUUUAAAAAUCUAUAGGUGCCUACAGAGUUUUUCUUAUUUGUUAUAUAUUUCUUUGCAUAGAUUUACUUUAGAGAUGUAAUAAUAUCUAAUAAACGCAAUAUUGAUUAAAUAAAAAAAGUAAAGAUUGGUAUGGGAUUCGAACCAGGAUUAUCCACGUCCGAAGACAAACGACCAGUUCUCGUCGCCAUCCGCUCGAACUGUCAAACCAUCUAAAAUACUCGACGACAGAGUAGGAUAGUGACGUCGUCGAUACUCCCCUUGAAUUAGAAAGAGACUACCGACCAAAUAGGCCCAUUUAUCUCUGUCGCAACCGUCACCCAUUUUAAGAUCGUAAGGCGCAAUCUAGAGUAUUAUAUAUAUCUAUGCAAGCAACAAACAAAAACUGUCAAGGGUCAACCUUGAUUUUGUUGUACGAGUGACGUAGUAAUUCCCCUCUCCCACGCUCCGCCCCCACAUAGUUACGAGACAACCUACCUCCUAUCUAUGAACCUUGAAUCUGACGGUCCUUGGUCGUAUUGGAACAAACCUUAUAAUAUCGGUCACUCUGUGGAAUUGGUCUAUAGUGGAGUGUUUCUGCCUAAAGCCAAACUGGUGAUUUGGAAUUAAUUUUUUGUUUACUAUAAUUGGUUGCAAUCUUCUGAGGAGAAGUUUUUCAAAUAAUUUAAGCGCUUGAUACACACACGCAAACUUUAAGUACGCGAGUUUAAAGAUCGCGGACUUACUCGGCUCGCCGUCGGCGAUACACGGCAGACUUAAAGUACGCGGUUUUAAAGAUCGCGGUCGCCGUCGGUUUGACACACGGCAGACUUACUUAUAAUUGAUUUUUUAUAAGUGUGGUAAGCUGUCAAAAUCAUGAUGUGAAGUAUAGCACUUGUUUUUGAUCUAUUUUAAUUUAAUACAAGGUAGGCAUAAACAAACAAAAUAUCAUAGAUAAGAUGGUAAUAUUUUCAUCAGGAGGAUAAAACAGCCUAUAAAUAAUUAGGUUUACUCAAAAACAAAUAAUCAAAAAUAAUUUACUAUAGCUUAAAAUAGAGUUUUACGGUUUUCUCAAAACUUAUAAAAUGUAACUUGUCUCCUUUCAACAAUAAACGAUUGAAUUAUUUCUAGGCAAUUUGCUUAAUUAGUGAAAAUAUAAGUGUAACUUUAAGCGGAAUAACAUGAUGGCUCGAGACUCGCGGCUUGUGGCAGUGAUACACGUACGGGUUACGAGUAAGAUUUCAAACUUGUUGGAUCGCCGGCGUACUUACUCGGCGGACUUAAAGUACGCGUACUUGCUGUGAUACACGCGCGAAAAAGGUCGUCGAGCCAUAAGUUCGCGUACUUACUCGCGUGUGUAUCACCCCUUUUAGACAUCGUGGGUAGCAAUGAUAUUGGUCUAUAGGAGGAGGCUAUAUGUGGUGGUUUGACUAGUUUUGGUAUCAUUACUAUUUCCGCCACUUUCCACAAUGAAAGAACAUAUUUUAAUCUGAUCGCAGCAUUAAUUAAAUAGGUCAAUUGCUUUUCUUGGGAGCUGUUUUAAUAUUUGUCAUGUUAUUAAAUCAAAUCCAGGAGAUUUUCUUGGGUUUAAAUUGUACUUGAUUUCUUUUAUUACUUCUUCUACAGUUACUAGCGUUAUGUUUUUUUCUUUUUGCAAAUGGUUGCUCUGUAAUGCUUUUUCUUCUUCUUCUUCUUCUUGUUGUUGAUGCGGUUGAAAUAUUUUCUCUAGAUGUGUAGCAAAAUAUUCUGCUUUUUGUUCGCUGCAUCUAGCCCAAGUGCCGUCUUCUUUUUUUAUGGGUGGUAUUUGCAUCAUUGGUCUUUUUAAUCCUUUGGUUGCCUGCUUAAGCCUGUAUUUGGUAGUAAAUAUAUUUGUAGAUGGUGAGUGUUUUUAAGUGAUAUUUCGUACUUUCUAUUAAGUAGCCAGCACAUAUUUUUGAUUUUCAGAUUAAGUUGGUUUCUUUUUGCUUUUAUGUGUGUUUUCUGUCAGUUUCAUAUCCAAGUGGAGUCUAAGAUAUUGUACCACAGUUUUUAUGGGGAUAUGGUUGUUAUUUAUGGUAACCUGGGGUGAUCUGUUUAUUCUUGCAGUCAAUGUUAUUUGGACGGAUUUAACGGUAUUAACAAUUAUUUUCCAUUUAUAUAGCCAUCUAGAAAGGAAAUCUAGGUGGUAUUGCACCUUCUCAGAUGCUCUCGUUGGAUCGACGUCUGAGGCUAUUAUUGUAGUAUCAUCUGCAAAUGUAGCUGGUAUAAUAUCGUCGGUUUGUGGGAGAUCCGCAGUAUAAAUUGUAUAAAGGAAAGGGCCAACUACGUUACCCUAGGAAACAUUUUGAAUUUUUUUUCAAUUAAAAGGAUGUAAUUGCAUAUUACAUCCUUCUCCAUAAUGAAGAACUCAUGGGGAGGUCUUUGUCUAGGAGUGGAUGCAAACAUGCUGAAGCAGAAGAAUUGCAUAUUAGAACAUAGUUUUUAAUUCCAAACAACUUUUCUUAAUAAAAACUUGCAAUAUUAUGAAACAUAAAAGUAAUUUACUCUUGAGCCGAAAUUAAUAUUUUUUGACAUCAUCAAUCAACCGUGAUUUGUCCAUUGUUGAACAUAGAGCCCUCUCCAGAUAUUUCCAUCUUUUUCUGUUCUGCGCCUCUGCUAUCCAAUUGGUCACAAUUCUUUUGAGGUCUUCGGUCCAUCGCGUUGAGGUUCUUCCUCGGAUUCGCUUGUCUGCCCGUGGUCUCCCAAAUUUUUUUUGUCCAUGUCGUCUUUCAUUCCUGCAACAUGUCCCGCACAUCUCCAUUUUUGCCUUGUAAUAUGUUCGAUAAUAUCUUCCACCUCCGGUUCUUCUACGAACUUCCUCGUUUCUUACUCUAUUUCUUUAGCUUAUUCCAAGCAUUGACCUCUCCAUCUUUCGUUGUGUCCUCAAUUUUUCGGCGGAUGUUUUUGUGCGAGUUAAGGUUUCUGUUCCGUAUGUGAUGACUGGUAGAACGCACUGGUUAAAACUGUAUUUUUAAAAAGUUUUUUGACAUAUCGCGUAUAAAAUUGAUAAAAUUUGAUAUUUGAUGGUUGUAUCUUAGGUUUUGACAAUCCAGAACUUUUUAUGAAAAAAAUUUUUUUUCGUAAAAUUAAUAAUAAAAACGUUUUCCAUAUGGUUCCAACUUAAUCGGACAUUAUAUACAGCGAGUCUACUUAAGUUGGAAACAUAUUGAUUGAAAAAGUUUAUGAUGGUGAGACACCUUGCCCUAUUGUACUAACUUUUUAAAAGAUUAUAUUGCAGUACCUGAAAUUUUUGUAAAACAUUUUGGGGUAUAUUGAUACAUCGUUGUGUAAUAUAUCGAUACAUCGUUGCCAUCCCUACUAUAGGAUCUGGUUUUUUAUUUUACGUCUGAUCUGCUUAUCAGCAUGAUCAAAGGCGAUGUAGCAACGGUCCUAGUUUUUUUCUGGACGGCAGCUAAUCGCAAAUCGUUAUCGAUCAGUUGCGGUAUCGCUUUUGAUACAGAAAGAAAUAAUUUCAGACCAUAAUUUCAUCAUAUAAUCCUGGUAAACCAGUGGCGGAUCCAGCAUCGUUAAGAGGGGGGACCAAUUGGCUAAAUUUCUAUAAAAAUAAAUGAAUGUUUAAUAAUAUUUAUAUAUAAUUAAAAAAAAUAACAUGAUUUGAGAGGGGGGCCGAUCGCCCUUAUCGCUCCUCCCUGGAUCCGCCACUGUGGUAAACAAUGUAUCACUACGCCCUAUUCUUAUACACAAACACAUACAUAAUAGUAUAUUAUGCAAUGAGCAUUUAAUGAUGCAUUGAUGGCCAUUAUUAGACCAGGGCAUUUAGCACAAAAUAAAUCGAUUUUUAAAUACAGCACCUAGAAACUUGCAACUUUUUGCAUUAUGUUGGAAAAUGGGUGCAAAUGCAAUUUUAAAGUGCAUAAAAUGUAUCCAAAAGUUCAUAAACGUGUCAAAAUAAGUGUAUUAAGGACCAGAUUUUGUUACUCGGCGAUUUUUGGGAUCGCUGAAGAAGAAUACGCCAUUAGAACCGACUACCGAAGCACCUGGUGCCCAGGUUCACUGCUAACGCUCGGUUUCAUAAUCAGUUAAAGUGGACUUUAAAUUUUAAGUUGGUAGCUUUAUCAAUGCAAUUCAUACGGGUAAGUGUCAUCUAAAGUGAACUUUAUCUAAUGUUCACUUUAAGUUGAUUAUGAAACCGGGCGUAAGUCACGUCAUCUGGAGUUUUAAAGGUUUUCGAUACUAAAUUGAUGCAAACAGAUUACACGGGGGUUGCUUUUGGGGUUGCUAUAAGAACCGAAUCCUGGUGCCCAAAAACCAUAAAAACUCUAGAGGAUAACAUGCCUUAGCAGUGACGUUGGGCACCAGGUGAUUCGGGGGUCAGUUCUGAUGUAUUCGUAUUCAGCGACCCAAAAACCGCCUAGUAAUCUAUUUGCAUGCAUUCAGUGCCGAAAACCUUCGAAACUCCAGAUGACGUUCCUUAGCAGUGAGUGUGGGCACCAGGUGCUCCAGGAGUCGGUUCUGAUGGCGUAUUCGUGUUCAGCAACCCCAAAAACUUCCGUGUAAUCUGUUUUCCUCAAUUUAGUACCGGAAUCAUUCAAAACUCCAGAAGAUGACGUAACCCUAGACACCAGGUCUCGUUCUGAUAGCAUAUUCGUUUGCAACCUCAAAAACGCCCCGAGAAAUCUGUUUUCAUCAAUUUAAUGCCGAAACCCCUCGAAACUCCAGAAGAUAACGUGUCUCAGCAGUUACCCUGUGCACCAGGUGCUCCGGGGGUCGGUUCCGAUAGCGUAAUCGUCUUCAGCGACUCCAAAAACUUUUAAGUAAUCUGUUUGCAUCAAUUUAGUGCUGAGAAUCCUCGAACCUCCAGAUGAUGUACCUUAUCAAUAACCCUGGGCACCAGGUAUUCCGGGGGGUCGGUUCUGAUGGCGUAGUCGUGUUACUCGUGUUCAAAAAUUCCAAAAACCCCCGAGUAACAAAAUAUGGCCCUUAAUAUGCUUAUUUUGACAUGUAUAUGCUCUUUUGGAUUCAUUUUAUGCACCUUAAAAUGCAAUUAUGCAUUUCCACCAAUGAACUGUCAACACGGAUGGAAUGGCCCCGUCCCAUUCAAAUAGUGAAACGAGAUUGCGGCCAACAUACAAGUGAGAGUUGUGAGAAAUCCUAGAGAGAGACAGAGCAUGCCAGGGAAAAUUUGCUACAACUACCACCAGAGUUGCCAGAUGUGAUUUUAUAAAUCCCCCACUUAGAAACUGAAAUUCUCUCAAAUUAAGCUCAAAUCCCCCAAAUUAAAAUGUUUUCCGCAUUUUAAUAAAUUAGUAGUCAAAUGUAGAGAACAGUAAACCAACAUUAUACUACUUAUCAACAGAGGGCCCUGGAAAUAAUUUAUAGGUCCUAUCUUCUGUGAUUAUAUGAGAGUAUAAUAUACAGUUCUAUGUAUAUUCGCAAAUUUAAUUUCCCAUGACCCCUUAAAAUCUUCCAUAACUCCCCCCCCCCCAAAAAUCCCCCAACCAUUUCUGCUUAGAAAAAUUCCCAUAGACGCUUUUAAAUUACUCCAAAAUUGUAGGAAAAUACCCCAAUCUGGCAACCCUGACUACCACUAUCAAUUUGUUUAUGAAAAAUGGCGAUUAUCUUCCCUCUUUCCCUGUCUAUUGCUCUCUCAUCCUGGUCGCAUCUUAGAAUAUAAAAUAAACCAAAGUUUAUUUUAUAUUCUAAGGGCCGCAUUCAAUUCGCUUCAUGCCCAUUCCAUCUGUGUUGACAGUUCAUUAGGUUUGUUCCAACACGACCAAGAACUGUCAUCUAACGAUCACGUUACUAUAAUACGUUCCAUGCGUUCUGUGUCUGUAUAUCAUGCGUUCCAUGUUACUGCGCAGGAUGGUGAUCGUUACAUGGACGGUUUCUCGUUGUGUUGGAACAAACAUCAUAUAUUCAAAUUAUUUAUUUUAUAACACAAACAAAUAACAGUGCACAUAUAUAUUAUAAAGGUGUCGGUGGGGAUGGCGUCUAUGCGCAGUAUACAAUGAUGAGCGCGCUGGUAACCGGCGAAAUAAGUUGUGAGAUAAAAAGAAAUGAAACUAGUAGAGAUGGGAAAGUUAGCGAUAGAAAUCUAUAAAUUCGCAUUAUAUUGUUUUCUACCUUUAGACGGAUCGGACGAGUUUGGCAACUAUUACUAUGACAAUGACAGUUUUAGUUGACAUACUCCUCUGAUACGUCUAAAGGUGAUAUAAUGUAAAUUUAUAGGUUUUUAUCACUAAAUAGUUUCUAUUAAACUAUUAGUAAACUAGCAAACUUAGUAAAACUCUACUAAAUAGUUUCAUUUCGUUUUAUCUCACAAUUUAAUAUGGUUUUCAUCUUUUGCGUUAUUUUGCCGGUUAUUAACGCACUCAUCACUGUAUAGUCGGUGUUUGAGGGAGAAAGUAUUUGAAAUAAUAAAAUAACAAAUAUAAAAUUUGUUAUUUUAUUAUUUCGAAUACAUUCUCUCAAUAUUUUCUCUCACAACCUUUCGAAUACUUUCUUUCAAAUAAUAUAAAAUUUCACACAGGGCACACAGAGGUGGGCACACUUUCGAAAGCUACUGAUGACGCCUGAAAGGGUAGAAACAGUGCCUGUCUAGCUGGUGUGCAACCCUCUGAAUCGAAAACAAGCAAAACCAUCAUUUAUUAUUUUUAUUUCCUUUACUCGGAUUUGAGUACUGAAAGUUCCUCUGCUGUCCGUUUUUCCUAGACGAAUGAAAGCGAAAUGUGAUCGUUUCCCUUUCGUUUUCUAUAUUCGUCGUCUGCUGUCUUAUUAAUUGAAAAAGUCACAGUUUAAGGAUGUACCAGUAAGAACUUUCAAACACGAAAAAUCUCAGUUUUAAAAUACUAUCUACCAUUUUAAUUUAUUAAAUUGGUGGAUUCUGCAUCUGAGAUUCUUCAAUUUUUUAGUAGAUGUCGCUGUAUCGCGUCUGAUGGGCAAUUUGAAUUAUUUUUCAGAUUCCCUUUAAAAUGACGGUGGAGCUGUUUUUCGGUUCAGAGGUGGGCACACUUUCGAAAGCUACUGAUGACGCCUGAAAAAGUAGAAACAGUGCCUGUCUAGCUGGUGUGCAACCCUCUGAAUCGAAAACAAGCAAAACCAUCAUUUAUUAUUAUUAUAUUUAUAUUUAUUAUAAAAUUUGUUAUUUCAUUAUUUCGAAUACUUUCUCAUACACCGACUAGAAUACUGCGCAUAGACGCCAUCCCCCACCGGCACAUUUAGAAUCUGCACUCUAAAGUAGUUAUAUGAUUAAAUUAAUUAUUUUGUUGUUACAUUUAUAUUUUGAAUAUUCUAAUUAUGUAUUAAAAUGAAUUUUAGGUUAAAUUUUCAAUAUCCCUAUGUAUCAAAGCCACAAGUAUUAAAAUGAAUUAAUAAUAUUUACAAUUAUUAAUUUGAGGUUAAAUUUUCAAUAUCCCUAUGCAUUUCACUUGACAUCACUCAUUGCGCAUGUGCCACAGCCAGACAGAACGUCAUCUCGCGAUUCUAUUGGUUAAAAGUCUGUAUCAUAAUGCAGCCCAUUAUGAUACAGGUAUUGAAAUCGUAAUUGAUAUAUUAAAGUAUGAGAAUACAAAACAGCAAUUAAUAUUUUUAAAUAUCCCAUAUUAUAACAUAAUAAAAUUGAAGAAAUAAAAUAGUUAUGCAAAAUCUCGAAUAAUAGAGCUACAUCGAAUUUAAAAUUUUUACAGCUAUCUUGGAUCUGCACUAUAUUUUUAUAUGUACCUAAAUACGUUAUUAAAUGAAUAUAAUUAUGUUUUCCCAUACGGUAUCGUUCAAUAUUAAGCCGGCCACUCACGGUACUGCGGUGUCGUUCGGCAAAAUCGUUACAAUUUGACCACAGAGAGACUAGCCUGUCUGCUGCACUACUGCAGAAUUAAUAUCAUCGACGAUUUUGUCGAACGACACUACAGUACCCUGAGUGGCCGGUUUCACAUAAGUAUUAUUUACAAAAAAAUAUGUUUCUAUUUUUAUAAUAUGUAUUAUCUUUGUUUUAUUGUCUGUAUUAUGUAUUUUACAUUUAACUUGUGAUAAUUGAGUCAAUAAAUAUUAGUUUUAUUUUU